AUGGCAGAAGAUGUCGAUAAUUCAGAGACAAUAAUACGAGCAUGUGAAUGUUAUUCAGAAUAUUGUCCUAAGUGUUAUCCAGUAUUUUCACGCAAAUAUAUUUUUGAAUUAUUAUUAAAGCUUAUGUUAUAUAUAUUUGGUUGUUCAUUGUUUUCAAGAUUAUUAACAUUAUUAUUAAUAUUACAAGCAGCUGCUGUAUGGAUUGGUUAUUCAUUAAAUGUUGUUGUACAACUAAUGUUUAUGCCAUUUUUACACUCUAAUGAUAAAUCAAUAUCAAGGAUUAAUUUUAUAUUUUUUCUGUCAUGUUAUUUUUUACUACCUGGUAUUAUAUCAUUUUCAUCCCAUUACUUUUGGUUUGUUAUACAAUUUGGUUUUCAUUGUUACACAAAUGAUGAAGUUAGCCAAAGGCAAAUUUACGACGAGGCAAUACAUAUUUGUCAAUGUUGUUCUAAACGUGCACAACAAAUAAAAUUAAUAGAUAAAAAAGAUGCUGACGAUAAUGAUGACGCUUUAUUAUGUUUUCCACAGAAAAAGUUUAUGUAUAUAUCUUUGAGAGAAAUUUAUCGCAUUAUUAUUACAUUGUGUACGAUCGGUUAUAUUAUAUUUUAUGGUUCUCAAGAUUUAUUACAUUGUCUAAUAACAUCAUUAGGUAUUAUUCCAUUAGGAUUAAUGUGGGUUUUGCAUAUAAUGCAUUUAUUUGGUAUUUGUUCUUUCGUUAUAAAAAGUCUUCAUGCUAAAAUAAAUAAUACUGAUUAUUUUCAAAGUUUAAUUGAUGACAUUGAAAUGAAUUCCGAUAUAGAAUAUUUUCGUAUCAUUGUAUUAUUUUCAACAGUAAUAAUGGCAACUGGUAGCAAUAGACAAAUGACUAUAAUGGGAUUAAGUUUACCAUAUCAUGUAAUAGUUGUACUUCUAUUAUUCUCUGUUUAUAUUUUACUGUAUAAUCAAACUCCAGUAAAAAUUAUUCAUAUUGGUAGUAAUAAAAUAUGUUGUUGCUGUUAUAAUAAAACAUCAACAAUACAAAAGAAUUUAUUUUAUACACAUAGCUUUUUCGUAAAAUUGAUUAAAAGAAUUAUUCAAUCAUCAUUAACAAUGAAGAAUAACAAACUAUUUCAUACAUAUAAAUUAUUUGUAUUAAUUAUUCUUUAUGCAAUGUUCAUAUCAUUACAUUAUAUGUUUACACAGUUUUCUAAUGAAAAUACAUCAUUAAUGGUGAACAUUGUAAAACCGAUUCUCAUUCUACUUUGGUUACCACCUCUUUUUAAUCAGAAAACAAAUCAAUGGAUUAUGCAUAUACAAAUGAUUCUUCUACAAAUUUUGUUACUUUUAAUGUGUUUAACAUCACUUAUGGGUAUUCUAGUUUUAUCGUAUUUUUAUGCAUUCAAAAGCUGUAUAGCGUUAAUUUCUUUAUUUUUUCUAUUAGUUUAUACAAGUUUAUUAUUAUUUUAUUAUGUAUUUCAUUGGAUAAAAUAUUCAUCAUCAACAGUUGCCCUAAUAAAGUGGAAAAAGAGUCAUGAAUCGAUAAGCAUUUACGUGCACACAUUUUCAAUAAUGUUUAUUAUACUUUCUUUAAUUGGAUUUUGUGGGCUUAGUUUUGCUAGUUCAGUUUAUGCAGAAACAAUGAAUAAUAAAGAUAACCCAUUGUUAAAUCACACAAAAUUAUCUGGUAAUUUUACUACAUUUGACAAGGAUGAACAACAACAAUAUCGAAUGCAAGCAUGCUAUUGGAAAUUUGGUAAAUUUAAUAUACAAGAUAUGUCUCUAUUGGCUUCAUUAGCUUACUUGCCAACAGAACAAAUAAAAUCAGAUAUAAAACAUUUUUACCCAAAUAAUGAAUUGAUCUUCGAUGAGCAAUUUCAAAAUUACAAAGAAUAUGGCCAUGGCCAAAUAACUUAUUACUCUUUAGAUACAUCAGAAGCAGUUAUUGUCGUUAUACGUGGUACUACAUUACUCUAUGAAUGGUUAAUUAAUUUUGAUAUUUGGAUAGAAUCAUUGAUAAGUCAAAUGAUUUCAAUUUUGUUUCCAUGGUCAAGAUUAUAUCCUCGUGCUGUUCAUAAAAUAAUUGUGAAGCAGAUGUCAUUAUUAGAACAUUUUAUUAGUGAUCAUAGUAAUAAAUUAGAACAAUCACCCAAACGUUUUUAUGUGAAACAAAUGAUUAAAAUCUUAAAACAGAUAAAUGUUAAAUAUAAAAAUAAAUCACUGAUAUUAGUUGGACAUUCACUUGGUGGUGGUCUAGCUAAACUAGCUGGUAUUGCAUUGAAUAAUACAGAAGUUAUUAUAUCAAUUAGUGGGCCGGGUAUAUCGUAUUCACGUGCUAAAUAUGAUGAAACGCAAAAUAUUCUCAUGGAUACAAUCAAUAAACGUACAUUUAACAUAAUUCAUGAUCGUGAUGUUGUUCCAUGGACAGAUAAACAGGCUGGACUUAUUCAGCAAAUGACGUGUCCAAAAACAUAUAGCAGAUUACAAUGUCAUUGCAUAUAUCCAAUAUUCUGUAAUUUAUUGAAAAAUUGUGGAAAUCCAAAAAGAUUUAAAAUAAAUAAAGAAAUAUGUCACCCAUAA